ACAAUAAACCCAGGGGUGUCAAACUCAUUCCAUGGAGGGCAGAGUGACUGCUGGUUUUUGGUUCCUCCUUUCAAAUUGUGUCCAAUUAAGACCAACAACCAAGUGAGGGGAGUUCCUAACUAAUCAGUGACCUUAACGUAGCAAUCAAGUACAAGGGAGGAGUGAAAACCAGCAGACAAUUAGCCCUCCAUGGAAUGAGUUUGACACACAACCUUUUCAGUUUAACCAGUUUUUCCCAAACCCUGUCCUCGCAACCCAAAGGGGUGCACGUUUUGGUUUUUGCCCAAAGCUUGAUGAUUAGUUGGUUAUUUGAAUCAGUUGUGUAGUGGUGGGGCAGAAAUGAAAACGCGCACCGAAUUUGGGAAACACUGAGUUACAACAAGAGGUCCGUUACGCCAAAAGAGUGAUGGCGUCCAGCUCCCCCAUGGUGAACGGGGACGUCUCCCGGGGUCCAAGCUCCCACCCUGGCCACAGCCCCACCACAGGCACCCUGGAGGAAACGCUGCUGCAGAUGAACCGCCUCAUCCAGGAGAACCGAGACCUGAAGGAGGCACUGAAGCAGACCAACGCGUCGAUGAAGGAGCGCUUCGAGGGUCUGUCUGUGUGGAGGGAGAAGCAGAGGGAGGAGAAGGAGUUCCUGGAGGGGAGGCUGGAUGAGGCGCGCAGCCGUAUGGAGGCCCUCUCCUCACACAACCAGGAGCUCAGCAUGAAGGUGGAGGAGCUGGAGGGAGGAGGAGAGGGGAAGGGACAGGCCGAGACAGCCAAUCAGAAUUCAGAACUGGAGGCGCUGCGUGCCCAACUGGUGCGUCUGCAGGCUGAGAAGAAUGACCUGGUGGCCAUGAACUCUGAACUCCAGCUCAAGACAGGUCAGGGGUCAGAGGAUGACUCCUUCAUAGAGAUCAGGUUUGCUAAAGAAGAUACUGGAAAGGAGCUGUAUCAUAAUGAAAGGGACCCCAGGUAUGACAUGAGUGUAUCCAGGCAGGAGUCUGAGGAGCUGACUGUCAGCCAGCUGCUCCAGUCCCUGAGGAAGGAGACCCAGAGGGUGGAGAGGCUACAAGUCGAGCUCCAGGCUACCAGAUCCAGAAUCACAGAGCUGGAGGAGAAAGAAACUAACACGGAGAGCUCCACACAGACCUCACUACUGCCAGAGGUGGUUUCCCCAGCACUAGCCAACACAGCAUGUGGUACUGAGCCAGAACCAGCGGAGGCGCUCCAACAGAACUCUGGGAAGGAGAAGGCUGUGUCAGAGGUGGAGAAUCUGAAGGCUCAGAUGAUGAGCCUGUUUAAUGAGCUACAGCAGGCUCAGAGCAAACUGGGCGAGGCUGAGGGCAUGAAGAAGAACCUGCAGGACAGAUGUAGGGAUGUGGAGCAGGAGGUGGUGACUCUGACAGCCCAGCUGGUAGAGAAGCAGGAGGUACAGAGUGAGAAUGACAGACUGAAGCUGCAGGUGGACAGCAUGAAGGCCCAGAGCCAGCUAGAGCAGAGGAAGGCUGGAGAGGAGAGGACUAACCUGACCCAGCUGAAGGAUGCCUACACCAAGCUAUUCGAGGACUACAACGAGUUGAAGCAAGCGAGCAAGAACCAAGAGCCACUGGUCACUAAGGAGGUGGGAGACCUGCAGACCAGACUGGACACAGCAGAGAAGGCCCUGGCUGCUAAGCAACAGCAGAUAGAUGUCAUGAAGCAGGAGAUGUAUCAGAAGGAGAAGGAGCUGGAAACGAUCUCUGUGUUUCAGGCUCAGGCGGAGGUGUACUCGUCUGACUUUUACGCGGAGCGAGCAGCUCGGGAGAAGAUUCACGAGGAGAAAGAACGUCUGUCUGCUCAGCUGGAAUUUGUCAAGAAACAGAACACUCAGCUACAGGAUGAGAUGGACUCACUGGGCAGGCAAUCUCUGAGCGAUAUGCAGAGAAGACACAUGUCACGUGGGGGCAAUCCACAUGGAGGUGCUGCUCCACACAACAUGGAAGGAGCCAGAGGUGGUGAUGCCAGGGACUGGCAGCAGCAGGGGAAUAUACCGGAGCACGUCUGCCCCAAGUGUAACGAGAUCCUACCAGACCUGGAUACCCUGCAGAUUCACAUCAUGGACUGCAUCAUCUGAGCCUUCAUCAUAGUCAUCAGCAACAACAAAGACAACUGCCGCAGAUGCACCAUAAUCAGAUUCUUCCUCUUCAUCAUCAUCUGAUUUAUGGCAGAGUAAAAUGCCACCUUUAUGCUCUAAAAAGUGUGUUUAUUUUGCAGUUCAGGGCUAUGUUGCUCUGGUCUGUUUUAGAACAUGUAACUAUAAUAUAAAAUGUGUUCUUACAGUGCACAACUAGACACACUUUUGUUUUGUUAGAGGGGUGAAAUGUAUUGCGUCUGUUAUGCUGUUAGGUGGUAAAUGGAGAACUGGAAUUUGUAUUUUAAGUUUGGUAACUUGGUUUUCUUAUUGACAGCUGUCUGUCACAUAGUUUCUUGUUAAAGCGUUAGUUUUUAAUUUUGUUUUAUUAAAUGCUUAUUACGGAUUUUCGGGUGGUUCAAUUUAAUUCAGCUGUAAUUCUGUUUCGAUGAAGGUUAUGAAUAGAUUACAAUUACAAGCAUAGACAUUUCGUUUUGAAUAAUUCGAAAAUCUUUUGCUUCAACGGAGGGAAGGAUGCCUAAGACACUUUAAUGUUUUUUUGUAAAUGUAUAUUGCACAUACAUUUUAUCCAUCGUCAUGGUUUGUACAUUUAUAAUUAAACCUAUUUACAGCUUAUGUAGCCUGCAGGAAGUAUGACUAUGCAAGGGAGUGUGUACCGUAUUAGAUAACUUCUGUAUCCAGAUGUAUUCACAAAUCCUGUGAUUCUGUAAAAUAAUUAUGAAAAUAUGUAAUAAAGGUGUUCUUGGUACAGUA